AUGGCACGAUUUACUUGUGGCACUCGAAGUUCGCGUGACUAUUCCAACGAAGAUGAAAACCGUCCGCGACUCCCAAUGGAGUUGGAUUUGGACGUGUUGCGGAGCCAGGUGGAAGCCAGUCCGUAUCAAACUACUCGUGAACUGGCAGUCACUCUUGGAAAGCCAGUCCACAGUUAUUCGUGGAUUGAAGUCAAUCGGCAAGGUGCGAAACCUCAUGCUUUGAAACAGCAUGACACGGACCGCCGCGCCGACAUGACACUUUCUCUCUUCGCGCUCAAGUACAGGAAUGGGUUAGGUGUAUUCGUUAGUAUGUAUUGGAAGAGCAUUUUAUACUCUAUCUAA